UUUUCAUAACUAAUUCUUCGGACAUUACUUCAGAGAUAGUCCCCUUCGUAGACUUCCUCACAAAGCAAGGUUUUCGUCCAGCUGUAAGCAACUACCUCUUCACUCAAAAGUCACUAAAAAGCCCAUUCCACAUUUCACUUACAGCCCUGAGUUUAAUUUCACAGACUGACUUAUGUGACAACCCCAUGAGAUGUAUGGAUAUCAACAAGUGGAAGGACAGUUACUUGAAAGAUCCAUCAACCCUGAUUAUCAUCGCCAUCAGUCCAAAGUAUAAGGCAGACAUCGAAGGAUGUGCAAUGGAUAGCCAUGGUCUACACACAAAAUAUAUUCACUCCAUGAUGCAAAAUGAAUUCAUCCUCCAAGGUAGCUUGAAUUUUAGAUUCAUACCACUUCUCUUCCUCAAUGCAUCCCAGAAGCACGUCCCAGGUUGGCUUCAAAACACUUGUGUUUACCGCUGGCCGCAGGAUACUGAGGAUUUGUUACUGCGGCUGCUCAGGGAGGAGAGAUAUGUUCCUCCCCCUGUACAUAAGGAGCACACCCUCAUUAUCAGACCUGUGCCCACCAGCUCUGCAGCUGCACUGUAAAGACACACCUGUUUAUGUGUGUGUGUGUGUGUGUGUGUG